AUGGUUGAGCAACCUCUCGAGCCGCCAGUGGGCUUAGAUUCCAGCUUUGAGGAGGUGUCGACCUGGGUUCAGGAUGAAGGUGUGAGACGUAUUGGAUUGUAUGACAUGGGUGGUGUCGGAAAGACUACCCUUCUAAAGAAAAUCCACAAUGAGUUUCUGGUAAAGGAGCACGAUUAUCACGUGGUUGCUUGGAUUGUAGUGUCCCAACCAACUGAUCCUAAGAAAAUCCAGGAACACAUUUGGGAGAAACUGCAUCUCCCUAAAUCUCAAUGGAAUGACAUCAUAGAGUCGGAAAGACCGGGCAAGAUAUUGAAGAUUAUAAAGGAAAAGAAUUUUCUAAUUUUUUUGGAUGAUGUAUGGGAGGAAAUAGAUCUCUUAAAUCUCGGGAUUCCUUCUCGCAAUCAUCAACACAAAUCCAAGAUCAUAUUCACAACCCGAUUACAGGAUGUUUGUGGCUCCAUGCAUGCUGAGCGGACGAAGAAGGUUGAGUGUUUGCCAGCAGAUAAAGCCCUCAAACUAUUCCGAGAGAAGGUGGGUGAACAAACUUGGACUGCCCAUGUUGAAAUCCCAAAUCUUGCUGAAGCUAUGAUUAAGGAGUGCAAGUAUCUGCCGCUUGCUCUUAUUACUGUUGGGGCAGCAAUGGCCAGUCGUAGGUGUCCCGAUGAAUGGAGGGGCAGUAUUGAAGUUUUGAAGAAACUCCCAUCAGAAUUUGCAGAUAUGGAAAAGAAGGUGCUCUCUGUGCUAGAAUUUAGCUAUGAAGCUUUGCUAGAUGAAACCCACAAAAAAUGUUUCUUGUACUGCUCAAUAUUCCCUGAGGACCAUGUAUAUCGCAUGGAUGAAUUGAUUGAUCUAUGGAUUGGGGAAGGUCUUCUCAGUGAAUGUGGUGGUAUACGUGAAGCGCGCGAUCAGGGAAUCGAAAUAGCCAGAUGCCUCAUACGUGUUUGUUUAUCGGAGGAAGUUGAUAUGUCUAUUGAAAAAUGUUGUAAAAUGCAUGAUGUAGUUCGAGAUAUGGCCUUGUGGGUGGCAUCUGAACAUGGCAAGAAGAAGAGACCACUUUGUCAGGAGAAACAGAGGUCAUUUGAGCCCACGGAAUUCGUGAAGUGGACUGAUGUAGAAAGGAUAUCCCUCUGGGAGGUGGAUCAAAAGCUGGAAAAGUUGCCUGAUACAUUUGCAACUUUUUCUAGUCUAUCUACUUUGAUAAUACGAGAUACCAAGGUAAAGACAUUUCCAAAUGGAUUCUUUUCUGCCAUGCUAUCGUUGAGAGUGUUGGAUGUGUCAUGUAAUGAAUUCUUGAUUGAGUUACCCGGAGAUAUUGGAGUACUAGGAAAUUUGAGGUACCUUGAUUUGCAGUGGACAAUGAUAAGGGAGCUGCCUGCAGAGCUAGAGAAUCUGACAAAGUUGAUGGGGGGAGAAGAGCGAAAAGUGAUUGAGAAGCCGAAUCACUGCUGUAACACGAAGUUAAUUCAAGAGGUUUGCCUGCGAUUAGACUUCACUGUUGCUGUUGAAGAGUUACUUAUGAAAUGCCCCCACUUGCAGAGGUGCUUAAGAGAACUCAGGCUUAGAUGGUGUAAGGUUUGGAUGUCACUUAUAAUCCCGAAGCCAUCAUUGAGGACAAUGGAGCAUCUCAAAUAUCUACAAGUCAGUCGCUGUGAAUUCACUGAGAUAACAAUGGGCAAGGAAGAAUAUGGUUGGCACGGAGAGACUGGGAGAAGUGAUGGAUUAGGAUCUCUUCGUCUACCUUCUUAUCCUGAAAUUAGCCCUGAAAUUAGCCACCUGGAAAGUCAGGACUGCUUCCGUAGACUUGAAAGGAUAAUCAUUGAAGAUUGCGACAAGUUACGAGAAGUGACAGUUUUAAUUUAUCAUGCUCCCUGCCUUACCUACCUCAGAAUUAGUUGUUGUGAAUCAUUGCGGGAACUGAUCGCUGGGGAUGUUGAAGAUUCUCAUGUGGGCAAAAUACUCUCAUCUCUCAUCUACCUUGACCUGGGAGCUCUUCCGGAAUUGGAGAGCAUCUGCAGGGGAGCGCUGUCCCUUCCUUCGCUGGAAUUGUUACAGGUUGUGAAAUGCCGGCAACUGAAGAAGCUCCCCCUAAAGAGCAGCAGCAGUGCACACGCAAGAAGACAGUUCUGCAAAAUUAGAGGAGACUGGGAGUGGUGGAAUGGUUUGCAAUGGGAUGACCCUGAGACGAAGCGCCUGUUCUUUAGGAAUUUUAUUUCUGGGUUUUAG